AUGAUAUCUUUAGAAAACUAUUCAGAUAAAAACGGGACAUUUCUAUAUGCACCAAUACCAUUUCGAAUAAACUCAAGUGUUUCUACAGUUAUUGAAACAUGGCAAAACCCUGAAAACAAUGAAAACAAUAACUGGAUUGAAGAGCAGUGGGUAUCUGAACAACUUCAUUUACAGGUUCCUUCACCAAAUCACAUUAUCCGGCCACCAAAUCCACUUCAUCGAUCUUUAAGACAAUAUAGGCUGUGUACAUCGAAUUUAUCUAAUGGAUUAACUAACCGAACACGAAGUCGUAGCAUGUCAGAAAUACCGACAACCUUUCAUAUAGGUAGAUGCAUUACACAUAGCCGAACUUUACAAUAUGGUACCAAAGUACCUAACAUUUAUAAUACAUGUAUAACAUUGAGAGGAUAUGCAUCGUAA